GGUUUGCAGUGCGUUUGCGGCACUCUCUUCUUCCUCGUUUUAUCUUCUCUCGAUUUGAAGACGCAGAGUCGAAGAGAUGGGUAGAACAAAGUCAUUCAAGGAUGAGCUUACGUUCGAACAAAGGGUGGAAGAAUCGCGGAAUAUUCUGGCCAAUUACCCUGAUCGAGUUCCGGUGAUUGUUGAAAAGUAUGCCAAGUGCGAUCUUCCUCAGCUGGAUAAGAGAAAAUAUCUUGUCCCCCGGGACACGUCUGUCGGGCAAUUCAUUUACAUUUUGAGCGACAGACUUCGUCUACACCCUGGAGAAGCUCUCUUCGUAUUAGUACAGAAUACACUACCCCCAACAGCUAGUUUGAUGAACUUUGUCUAUGAAUCGUACAAGGACGAGGAUGGAUUUCUGUACAUGUGUUACAGUACGGAGAAAACCUUUGGUGAUGCUUGCUAAUUCCAAAGGAUCAACAAUCUCUUUCGUGACAUUGUUCUACAAUUUAUGCAAACUCUCUAUCUUAGUUGACAUUGUUCUACAUGAAAUAUUGAGCUCCUGUAUGUAGUUUUGGGGGUAAGCCAUUCUUCUCAUGUUCACCUACCAAGUAUUUCUAUAGGACUUCUUUUGGGGCAAAUGAUUAUUAAACCUGCUUCUUCGACAACAUUAGAAUAGUGACUCUGAAAUUUCGAAACAUACUCAAAAGCAGAAAAAUAAGUAUAAUAUGAUUUUAUUUUGAUGGAUUAGAUCCGAAUAGAUACUGUAAAAAACGACCCAGACACUGUAAAAAACGAAGAUCUCCUCUCCUCUUUAGUCUCAGAUGUCACAAGAAAUCCAAAGAGGUUCGUCAAACUGACCCUUGAGCUUAUCUCCAACCUCACAAGCUUCCCCCAAACGCAGACGCCCCAAGUCUACGU